AUGAACUCCCUGCGCAUUGCCCGUGUGGCUCUCCGAGCUCGCCCGGCAGCUAUUCGAGCUCCUCUGCAGCGGAGAGGAUAUGCUGAGGCUGUCUCCGACAAGAUCAAGCUGAGCUUGACUCUCCCCCAUCAGUCGAUCUACAAGUCCCAGGAUGUCGUCCAGGUCAACAUCCCCGCCGAGUCUGGAGAGAUGGGUGUUCUUGCCAACCACGUUCCUUCGAUUGAGCAGCUGAAGCCUGGUCUGAUUGAGGUUGUCGAGGAGAGUGGCAGCAAGCAGUUCUUCCUGUCUGGUGGAUUCGCCAUUGUGCAGCCCAACUCCGUCAUGAGCAUCAACGCCGUUGAGGGAUAUCCUUUGGAGGAUUUUAGCGCGGAGGCUGUGAGGGCACAGAUCUCAGAGGCCCAGAAGGUUGCGAACGGAAGCGGCAGUGAGCAGGACAUUGCUGAGGCAAAGAUUGAGCUUGAGGUCCUCGAGAGUCUGCAGGCUGUCCUGAAAUAG